AUGAAAACCCCGAACGCUCCACCGGUAGUCCGCAACGACCAUGUGCAAGAAUACAAAGAUCUUCUGAUUUGUCUCUUCGAACAUCCCCAAUGGAGCUCCAUGGGAGAAGGGUCACGAAACAGAGCUCUAGACGUCCUGAAGGUGGCUGCAGAUACGGCCCUCGAGGCUACCGAGCUCGCACACGUCGAGGUUUUAACCCGCAACACCUUGGCCACAUCUCAGCUAAAGGAAGAGACUAUACCUAGCGCCGAAGAUGAGUCGGACAGUGUGGCAGCGGAGAUUCUCAAGAUCAAGGCAGAGACCGAAAAGGUGAAAGCUGGGACAGCGCUUGCGGUAGCACAAGAGGAGAGAUGGAGGGCGGAAGAACGAAUGUUGCAGGCGGAGAAUUCUCAUAGACACUACGUCCGCACAUAUGGGCAAAAAAAGUUCAUUAUUUCAUGGUCUGUCUGA